AUGAAAUUAGGUCCUGCAUUAGGAUUAACAUGGGCAUUUCUUGUCCACUGUCGUAUACAAUUAAGUAAAACUGAAAAUAUUGAAGAACAUCAUCCUGAUUCUCAGCAGUCUCAAGUUGUCUUUGAUGAGCGAAAAGCAAUGACAAGUAUUAAAACGAAUGUUGUUUAUUUGCGUUCAUUAGCGAUUGAUUAUUGUUAUCAUAUACCGAGAACAAAUCGAUGUAAUUAUUUUAUUGUGGAUAGAGGUGUCUUUGGUAGCGAAAAUUAA